UACUUACUACAAACAAACUCAAAUUUCAACUUUCUCUUCUCUCUUUGCCAGCCAAACGCCCCCUUAAGCUGAACAACAACAACAACAACAACAGAAAUUCUCACCUCACGACUCACGAGUCACGACCAAGAAGAAAAUCAACCUGACAUCUUUUUUCGCAGAAUUUUAUUCGGUGCGGAAUUUUGUGGCCCUUUUUGGGGGCUUCAUGAAGGGCAUUUGAGAUUAGCAAAUAUACAUCUUGCAAAAGAGGGGAAAGUGAGGAAGAGUGGUAGAAAUGAGUUCAAAGAAUGGCGGACCGUCCACCUUGGCUCUUCGGAGAGAUCCAUAUGAAGUGUUGAGUGUUUCUAGGGACUCAACUGAUCAGGAAAUUAAGUCCGCGUAUCGGAAACUCGCGCUUAAGUAUCAUCCAGACAAAAAUGCCAAUAACCCUGAAGCUGCGGAGCUUUUCAAGGAGGUUGCAUAUUCUUAUAAUAUCUUAUCUGAUCCUGAGAAGAGAAGGCAAUAUGAUGCUGCAGGAUUUGAGGCUCUGGAUGCGGAGGGUAUGGAUAUGGAAAUUGACUUAUCGAAUCUUGGGACUGUCAACACAGUGUUUGCUGCCUUGUUCAGUAAACUGGGAGUUCCUAUCAAGACGACCAUAUCUGCUAAUGUUUUGGAAGAGGCCUUGGGUGGAACUGUGACUGUCCGCCCACUUCCUGUUGGAACAUCAGUUAAUGGGAAGGUAGAUAAGCAGUGUGCACAUUUCUUUGGCGUGACAAUAAGUGAGGAGCAGGCACAGGCGGGCAUUGUAGUCCGUGUUACUUCAGCAGCCCAAAGCAAAUUUAAGCUUCUUUACUUCGAACAAGAGGUAACUGGAGGUUAUGGCCUAGCAUUACAGGAGGACAGUGAGAAGACAGGCAAGGUGACCUCCGCUGGCAUGUAUUUCUUGCAUUUUCAAGUGUAUAGGUUGGAUACAACUGUAAAUGCCUUAGCAAUGGCCAAAGACCCGGAAGCUGCUUUCUUUAAAAGGUUGGAGGGUCUACAACCUUGUGAGGUCUCAGCAUUGAAGCCAGGCACUCACAUAUUUGCUGUCUAUGGUGAUAACUUUUUCAAACCUGCAUCUUACACAAUAGAGGCGCUUUGUUCUAAGACUUAUGAGGAGACGACAGAGAAAUUGAAGGAUAUUGAGGCACAAAUUCUGAGAAAAAGAAAUGAACUUCGUCAAUUUGAAUCAGAGUACAGAAAGGCACUGGCUCGUUUUCAAGAAGUGACAACCAGAUACAACCUGGAAAAGCAAUCUGUUGAUGAGCUACUGAAGCAACGAGACAGUACUCAUUCUGCCUUUACUGUGGUCAGAACACUGAGUAAUUCUGGGAGUAGUAGCAAUUUAGCCAAUGGGAGUACAAGUAAGGCUUCUGUUGAAGAUGCCAAGGGUGACAGCCCAUCAGAAGAUGGAGGUUCUGAUGGUAAAGAAAAAUCAUCUCGAAAGAGGUGGUUUAAUCUCAAUCUCAAGGGUUCUGAUAAAAAGCUUGGGUAAUGGCUUCAGUGAGAUAUACAUGGCGAUCGAUAUCAGCCAAUUGCUUGUACUUGCCUUUCAGUGGUCACCUUGUAUCCGUAGUUCAGUUUAUUUCCCCCUGAUGAUUCUGAAGAUGAUCUGAUUUUUUUUACCAUGCUUUCAGUCCUGGAUUGGACUGAGAGAAUGGAGAUGGGAUACAAAAAGCAUGGAAGGGUUAUUUGCUCUCUUAGAGAAUAGUCGAGUUCUUUGGAUUGGCCUCCCUUGAAAAUUUGCAUUUGUUUGUUAUUUCUCAUCGAUGUAAGCUGAUUUUGUAUGGUUUAUGCUGUAGAUAUUUUAUAAGUCUGAGGUUUCUGUUGUAAGUAUGAAUUCUUCAUUAUUGGUUUAUUUUAUGGAUAUCCACAAAGUUCUGGUUGUA